AUGGAUCCAUUACCACCAAAAGGAACUCACAUAAGGUUUGCAGGACCUACACCCUUUGCUAGAAAGUACGGACAUCCCAAAGGAGGCAUUCAUUCUGUGCUGAAAAGCUACCUGCCCCAAUUGAAAAGCGGCCUCACACCAGUAACUCCAGCACAAUUCUUAAAACCCCAAGAUCAAUUAGAUCUUGACGCAAGUCUUGAGUUGUAUCAAAGGAUUAGGUUCUCUGGUUUCACCGCAGCAGAGUUGAAAUCAGUUCUAGCUUUGCCAGAUUCUCAGGAAACUAUAAGUCGAAGGAUAGACUAUGGAAGUGAUCUUGGAAAAGUCCCGAUUCAUCCAUUGUUGGAAAGAAGCAAUUGGCUAUAUGAGUUUCCGAAAAAUCUGGCUAGGUAUCCAUUCGGAGAUGGUAAUGAAUAUUGGGAGGCCAAGAAUGAUGCCGUGUGGAAUGCAAUGUUACCGGCCAUAAAGAUUGUAUCAAGCGUUAUCGCUAACAUACAUACGUGGGACUGGUUCAAUGCGUUACUGAAGGGUCCACUGGUAGAGGUUCCAGAAACGGAGCUUCCACCCGACUUUGGCCUUCAUGUAAUGCGAUUCAUUUCCGUGGAGGACAGAAAAGACACGGAACUUGCAUCUUACGCUAUAGAGCUAUUGGGUAAUAUGACAAAACAGGUUAAUUAUGCAUUGGUAGGAGCCAAAAGCACUCCUGAUGGAAUGGCCGAACUAGGUAACUUUCAAGCCGGCUUGACCAGGUGGUCUCCACGUCGAGGUACAUCAAGCAGUCCGCCCGAACCUCGAGCUACCCUUGUUACCAUCGCCUAUGAAUUGGUCGAGCCGUUGCUGAACCCUCUUCUCUUGCCAGAGGACAGAGCCUUGGACGAUUUUCGCUUGGCGGAAGAUAUUCUUCACGAGACUGCGCAUGCUAUGGGCCAUCAAAUGGUCAGAAUGAACAAAGAGCUUGAGGAAUGGGGCUGGGGCGAGCCUUACUUUGAUAACGAGCCUAUACCAGAAUUGGGAUUUUCCGCAACAAAUCAGGUAUUUGGUGGCAUCUCGCUUUCGGUUAUUAAUCCUGUAGACACUGCGGGAUACUCCUCCGGAGGUAUAAUCUUCUAUAACUGGCCUACGUACAGACAUGAAUUUUACACGGCUACUAUGCCCGUACUGGCUCCGGAAAAGCAAAAGAAUUGGGAAAACAUAAUGUACUAUCCGAUUCCUGUCUCUUAUUUUAUGAGCCUCGAGUGUGAAGAAUUUUGGGACGUUUAUCUGAGGAAAUUUGGCUCAAAGGCAACUCAAGCGGGUCCCAAGAUAAUAGGUGUUAUUCGACGAAGAGGUGAGACUGCGACUGCUCUCAGACAUACCACGGGUACUCCGGGGCCUGAGAAACAGGCACCAGGAGUUUUUUCUAGAAGAAGGACUAAAGUCACCCAUUCGUUUGAGGCCGAAAAAAGAAGAUUGACCUUAAUAAUCAGGGAAGCAUCAAAAAAUGUUCACCCGAAGGUCUUAUCACCAAGGCUUCCUACUGGGGAACAUGGUUUUCAGCCCAUCAUCGGUCGUGCCGAUAGAGCUGAUGCUGUCGAAAUGGAUUGUCCCAGCUAUUCUCUUGCCGGGUAUGGCGUCGUUCAAGUCAACUACAAAGGCUGGAUGGACCCCACACCACCACAGCAAACAGAAAUGAAAGUACCUCCGCAGCCCGACCAACAACUCACAGAAAUAUUUGAUUUCAUCUGUCGACGAAAUUUAAAAGAUGUAGAUGCGCACCAAGAAUCCAGAGAUAUCGACGCUUAUCUUUUGAUGUACGACUCGAAUAUAGUAUGGAAAAUAGAAAAAUGUAAAGGUACAAGAACAGCACUCCUAGAGCAUCCUAACAUGCCAGACGGUUUUACCGAUGACGAAGCGGGCGAGGAAAUUUUCAUGGCGUGUGUGUGGCAUUCGCCAUACUUUACAGAUGCGCCUUAUCGUCAGGGAAUUGCAAGGAGAGCGAGUCUUGACGCUCCUGGGAUUGGCCCUUAUGUAGCCCCGCCGCUGAAGAAUAUUCAUCAAAAUCUGACAAGGGGAGAUCCGAUGAGAUUGGGUGUUAAGGAUAUACUUGGGGAGGAUGCGGAUGAAAUGUCUGUGUGA